GUAGAAUUUAUAACCGAGACGACGGUAAAGAUAAUUCAAUUGCAAAUUUUCCGUUCAUCGGAUCAGAAGUUCGUAUCAGUUUGCGGUGAGGAAAGUAAAUUUUCGUGAAAAGUGAAACCAUGAAAAGUACGGCCAUUUGUUUCGUCGCAAUUUUCGUUCAAUACAUUUCCAUUAUCAAUGGAGACGUAGACGAUAUACCAAUAACUCUGCGAGAAUUCCGAGCAGUUAAAAACUCAUUGGAUUUUACUGGGAAAGUUGCGCUCGUAACUGGUUCCAACUCCGGUUUAGGGUCUGCAACAGUACGUCUCUUUUCUUAUUUGGGAGCUAAAGUGGUAGUGACUGGCAGAAAUUUAACACGGAUUAAGCAAACUGUCGACGAAUGUAGGAAACUGUCUCCGUAUGACUAUAAACCAAUUGGUCUACAACUUGAUCUCACGAUUCCUGGCAAUGUUGCAAAACUCGUAAACGAAACUAUCGAGGCCUAUGGACACAUUGACAUUUUAGUUAAUAAUGCUGGAAUCGGUAGCUUUGCGACCAUCCAAGAUCCGAAAUUCAUAGAUGUUUACUUAGAGUCUCGAGCCAUUAAUGAAGAGGCGCAGAUCGACUUAACUAGUUUGGUAGCCCCAUAUAUCGUAGAGAGGAACGGUACGAUUAUUCUUAUGACCAGCUUAUUUGCACGGAAUCCGGUUACAUCAAGUUCUGCGUAUAGUAUGGGCAAAAAUGCUCUAAUUGCAUUUGCAAUGACAUUGACUCAUGACCUGGGUAGCAACUGUCGAGUGAAUGUGAUAAGUCCCACAGUCAUAGAUGGCACUCGUAUCUUUCGAUUGCUUGACCCAUCCGUCCGUCCAACAUUAAUUGCGAACCAGAUUGCAUCGUCUACAUUAAAGAGAGCCGGUGUUCCAAUGGACAUAGCUAAGUCAGUAAUAUAUUUAUCGUCACCUUUGGCCAGUUUCAUCAAUGGGAAAGAACUCCAGCUUGACGGUGGCUUAUCUAUUUCAAUUUUGUAAAAAUUUAGACUAACUCUUCUAUGUAACGGCAUUUUAUUAUUAGAAAUAAAGGUUGCUAGACGUUGCUAGACAUU